AUGGGUGUUCCCAAAUUCUUCCGAUGGCUCAGCGAGCGAUAUCCUGCAAUAUCGCAGCUGAUCGCCGAGAAUCGCAUUCCCGAGUUCGACUGUCUUUAUCUUGACAUGAACGGUAUCAUUCACAACUGCACACACAAGGACUCCGACUCUCCCUCUUUCCGGAUGACCGAGGACAAGAUGUUCAUUGCCAUUUUCAACUACAUAGAGCACCUUUUCGGCAAGAUUAAACCUAAAAAGCUGUUUUUCAUGGCGGUCGAUGGAGUGGCACCCCGCGCCAAGAUGAACCAGCAGCGCUCACGCCGCUUUCGCACCGCCCUGGACGCGGAGAGGGCUCGUGAGAAAGCCAUCAAAGAAGGGGUGGAAUUGCCCAAGGAAGAUCCGUUUGACAGCAAUUGUAUUACCCCGGGUACGGAAUUCAUGGCAAGGCUUACCAAGCAGCUCAAAUAUUUCAUCAGCAAGAAGGUCUCCGAAGACGUCGAUUGGCAAGGCGUUGAGGUCGUGCUCUCUGGUCACGAAGUCCCGGGCGAAGGAGAACACAAGAUUAUGGAAUACAUUCGACAAGCCAAAGCGCAGCCUGGUUACGACCCCAAUGUGCGCCACUGUCUGUACGGAUUGGAUGCCGAUUUGAUCAUGUUGGGUCUGCUCAGCCACGACCCUCAUUUCUGCUUGCUUCGAGAGGAGGUUACCUUUGGGAGACAGUCACAGAAGAAAUCCAAAGAAUUGGAGCACCAGAACUUCUACCUCAUGCAUCUGUGCAUCGUAAGAGAAUACUUGGAGCUGGAAUUCCAAGAUUUGAAGCAAAAGGGCGCCCUUGAGUUUGAUUAUGAUAUGGAACGAAUCAUUGACGACUUCAUCUUAAUGGCUUUCUUUGUUGGAAACGAUUUCUUACCUAACCUCCCCAAUCUGCAUAUCAACGAAGGCGCGUUGGCGCUCAUGUUCCAAAAAUACAAGCAAAUUCUCCCACGUUUAGGGGGAUACAUCAACGAGCAUGGUGUGAUCAAUCUCCAACGACUGGAGGUCCUUCUGAACGAGCUGGCCGAGGUGGAGGAUCGUUUCUUUCAGGCGGAAUAUGCUGGAGCCAAAUGGAUCGACGCGAAGCGAAAUGGCCAAAGCGCAGACGAGCCACUGACGACUUCCCGCGGCCCUGUCAGAGUCUCUCCUGAACAAAAGCAGCUCUUCAAAGAGGUGAAGAAGUAUUUUGUGUCACCUGUCAACAAAGACCCCCUGACAAGGCAGCCACUAUGCCUGCCUUCUACUCUUCCAGCACGCGACCGCAAAUUUGUGCAACAACUUGCGACUGACUUGAACCUGCAGUGGUCUACAAAGGAAGAUGAGGAUGGCAACCGCUUCCUCCAGUUAGAAUUCCCCGUCAAGGGAGAGCAGGCGGAAUCGGAUGAGGAUGAUGAAGAGUCCGAAUUGGCUGUAAUGCGGGUCUUAAAACGAUACGAGAAUGCAAAGGUUGAAGAGAGCACAGAUGAACAAGCUCAACAGGACAUGCAGAAGAAGUACGACCAAAAGUUCCGCGAAUGGAAAGAUCAAUACUACAAGGAAAAGUUUGGCUGGGGCCUGGAGAACGAGGAGGGUCUGAGAAAAUUGUCGGAAAAUUACGUGCAGGGUCUACAAUGGGUCCUCUUUUAUUACUAUCGUGGCGUUGCUUCGUGGCCUUGGUUUUAUCAGUAUCAUUACGCCCCAAUGAUUUCGGACGUCAAGAGAGGCCUUGGUGCGGACAUGAACUUCCAACUCGGUCAACCGUUUCGGCCAUUUCAGCAGUUGAUGGGUGUCCUCCCGGAUCGAAGCAAGAAGAUUGUCCCAACAGUUUACCAUGACCUGAUGACAUCGAAAGAAUCACCCAUUAUCGACUUCUAUCCACGAGAUUUCGCGCUUGACAUGAAUGGCAAGAAACAGGAAUGGGAAGCUGUCGUUAAGAUUCCGUUCAUUGACGAACGGCGACUGCUUGAUGCUAUGGCUCCUAAGAAUGCUUUGCUUACCGAAGAUGAACGCCUUCGCAACGAUUUUGGGGUCAGCUUGAAAUUCACCUAUUCUACAGAGGUCGACUACACAUAUCCGUCUUCGCUUGUCGGUAUCUUUCCAGACUUACCGCAUUGUCAUUGCAUUCAAAAUGAAUUUGAGCUUCCGACCAUGGACGGCUUGGAGCCGUAUGUGGGUCUGGUGGACGGCGUCAAACUUGGAGUUGCAGCUUUGGCUGGCUUCCCGAGCUUGAAGACCUUGCCUUUUACCGGCUCGUUGGGAUUCCAUGGUGUAAACGUCUUCCAGCAAGACAGUCGAAAUGAAAGCAUGAUUAUCACCUUGUCGGACACCGAAACGCGAACCAAAGUGGAGUACGCCAAAGUGCUUCUGAACGAGAGAGUGUAUGUCGGAUAUCCGUUCUUGCAGGAAGCGAAGAUAGUCAAGGUUUCAGACGAACUUUUCGACUACAUCUUAGCGGACAACGGGGAAAAUGUGCCUCACAAUAUCAAGGCGAUUGAGCAUUCUGGAAAUGAAAUCGACCAGUUCCGCAAGAAGGCAGAUCGGAUUGAGAAAUUUUACAGCAAGAGGCUCGGAAUGUUGAUCGGCGAGGUUGAGUCUCUGGUUCAUGUUGAGAUGCUGAAGGGUCUCAAGAAACUCGACGAUGGAUCGACAGUCAAGGAAUUUGCCGAACUUCCAGGCUUGGAAACCAUCCACGCAACACAACUCAUAGUUGAGAAUGUGGUCAGUGAAGACGUCCGUUUCAUUGAGCAAGCAGCUCUACCUAUUGAAGAGGAGUUUCCAGACGGUACCAACGCCUUCUUCCUGGGCGAUUACGCAUAUGGACGCCCUGUCAGUGUAAUUGGCCAUGAGAAUGGAAAGGCGAAAUGCUUAAUAGCACUCUCGAAAGCACGCCAGGUGGAAUUUGGGCGCGAAAUCGCCCGUCAAGCAGAGAGACUGUCACCAUAUACGCCUUCGUACCAGGUUGCCCAGAGCCUUAACCUGAACCCUUUGGCAUUGGCAAAGAUCACCUCAUCCUUUUCCAUCAUAGUGGACGAUACCAGGGUGAACCUAGGUCUCAAUCUCAAGUUUGAAGCGAAAAAGCUCAAAGUCCUGGGCUAUUCGCGCAAAGGGCCGAGCGGAUGGGAAUUCAGCCGCGCAGCUAUCGAACUGAUCCAGCAAUACAUGAUCAAAUUUCCGCAGUUCAUUGCCGGCAUUCACAAUAAUCCGCAAGGUGACAUGCUACCCGCGACAGCAUACUUUCCUGGCGAUGAAAAACAGGCCAAGACAAAAGUCAAAGAGAUCCAGGCAUGGUUGAAGGAGAUCGAAUCAAAGAGCUUUGAAAGAGUACCCCUCGAAGCCGAGCAGCUGGACUCGGAGAUUGUUAAACGCAUCGAGCAAGCUGCCGACGAAGCGCUUCGCUCUGAGCCACCCCCGCACAACAAGACCAUCGGGGGCGUCCCUCGUAAUGGCCUUUUGAAGCCCUCGGAUGCGCAAUGGCGUCUAGGAAAUCAAAAGUUCGGUCUGGGGGAUAGGGCGAUUUAUGUGGCCGACUCGGGCAAAGUCCCGAUUGCCUCCAAAGGCACUGUUGUUGGUCUGACCCAAACCACAAGGGAAACCUGGCUGGAUGUUGUCUUCGAUGUCUCCUUUAUGAGUGGGACGUCGUUGGGAGAUCGCUGCUCACCAUUCCGAGGAUCGACCGUGCCGACAUGGUCUGUUUUGAAUCUCAGCAAUCGACAAGUACUUGCUUCGUCGAAAGCAAGCGCAAACCGACAAACCAAUGGCACGGCGCAUUCUCCUCUGACAGUUCCGGGUUAUGGCCAACCCGGCAUCGGCGGCUCCGGUCAAUUACGCCCAGCCGCAACGCCACCAGCGUUGAGAGGAACAUGGCGUGGAGCUGUAUCUGGACAUCAAUCCAGUAGGCGUGGACAGUCGAACGGGACGUUGGGUCGUGACCAAAUGACUGGGACCUCAAUGCCAAUCCGGAACAUGUCGGGCUCUCCUGCCAACGGUAAUCGUGGCAAUGCGACAAAUGGUCAGUAUGGUAGAGGCAGUCGCGCAUCGAUGGGCCAGAUAAGUGCUCGAGGAGGAUACACCAUCGUUGAUCGAGGUGAUGCUCAAGCUGGCGUGGUCCAGAACAAUCCUAAUUUCCGGCCCAAAUCGCAGAACAAUGUUCCUCCACCUCCCAGCUUGAAUCAUCCUUCAACCCCACGAGGUCGUGGUCGAGGACGAGGAGGUACGUCCCGAGGCGGACGAGGUGCCACACCACGGGGAGGAUCCUGA